AUGCCCAUACGCCCCCUCGCGGCCUUCUUCAGAGCAGCUAGACAGUCCCGCCCGACAGCAUCGACCGCCUACUUGUCACACAUUCGCUACUACAGCUCCCCUGCCAAGUUCCGCGCUCCCUUCACCUACCCUUCCAUCACAAAGUUCGCAAUGGCGGCCAUUACCGACUCUGACAUUCUCGCCCGCUUCGGCGCGCUCAACCUCGGCGCUGCCCCCGCCGUCAUCACCCACGAGCCUGUCAAGGGCGGUGCCGAGUGGCGUGCCGAGCUCGACAAGGUCGGCCAGACCGGCGUCGCGCUCACCAAGACUCUCCUCUUCAAGCCCAAGACUGCCAAGACUGCUGAGCCUACCCCCGUGCUCGUUCUUGCCAAGGAGGACACCGAGACCAGCUCGGGCCUCAUCGGCUCGCUCCUCCAGCUCAAGGAGCUCCGUCUUGCCUCGGAGGACCUUAUCAAGCAGGUCAUCCCCUCGGCUGCUUCCAAGGACGACGUCUCGGCCUUUGCCCUCCCCUCGCCUGUCCCCUCCACCAUCUUCCUCCUCCUCGACUCGACCCUUGCCUCGUCGACUGAGCAGUACGCUGUCCACCUCACCGCCUCGUCGUCGACUGUCCUCCUGAAGGGUACCGACAUCAAGGCUUACCUCGAGUCGAUCUCGUCGCCCGAGGCCGUCCGUGUUGUUGACUUUGCCGAGCUCAAGGCUGCUGCCCCCGCCCCCGCUGCCAAGGCCGCUCCCGCCGCCAAGAAGGCGCCCGCUGCCGCUGCCCCCGCCAAGAAGGACGAGGACCUCUACGAGAUGGCUAUCCAGUACAAGAAGAACGAGGACUUCUCGGGCUGGUACACCGACGUUCUCAUCAAGGGUGAGAUGCUCGACUACUAUGACAUCUCGGGCUGCUACAUUCUCCGCCCUUCGUCUUACAACAUCUGGCAGGCUAUCCAGACCUUCUUCGACGCCGAGAUCAAGAAGACUGGUGUCAACGACUGCUACUUCCCCAUGUUCGUCUCGCGUGCCCGUCUCGAGAAGGAGAAGGACCACAUUGAGGGCUUUGCCCCGGAGGUUGCUUGGGUCACCCGUGCCGGCCAGUCCGAGCUCGAGGAGCACAUUGCCAUCCGUCCCACCUCGGAGACUGUCAUGUACCCCUACUACGCCAAGUGGAUCAAGUCGCACCGUGACCUUCCCCUGAAGCUCAACCAGUGGAACUCGGUCGUCCGUUGGGAGUUCAAGAACCCCCAGCCCUUCCUCCGUACCCGCGAGUUCCUCUGGCAGGAGGGCCACACUGCCUUCCUCGAGAAGCACGAGGCCGACGAGGAGGUUCUUGUCAUGCUCGAGCUCUACCGCCAGAUCUACGAGAACCUGCUUGCCGUUCCCGUUAUCAAGGGUAAGAAGUCGGAGAACGAGAAGUUUGCCGGUGCCGACUACACCACCACCGUCGAGGGCUUUAUCCCCACCACCGGUCGUGGUAUCCAGGGUGGUACUUCGCACCACCUCGGCCAGAACUUCUCCAAGAUGUUCGACAUCACCGUCGAGGACCCCAAGGCCGACGCCGCCGCCCGCGCCUCGGGCAAGGACACCAAGGUCCACGUCUUCCAGAACUCGUGGGGCUUCUCGACCCGUUCGAUCGGUGUGGCCGUCAUGACCCACGGUGACGACCAGGGUCUCGUCCUCCCCCCCAAGGUUGCUCUCCAGCAGGUUGUUGUUGUCCCCGUCGGUCUCUCGAAGGGUGAGGGCAAGAACGCCCCCAUCUACGACGCCUGUGCCAAGCUCGCCGCCGAGCUCUCGGCUGCCGGUAUCCGUGCCCACGCCGACCUCCGUGAAGGCUACACCCCCGGCUGGAAGUUCAACGACUGGGAGAUGCGUGGUGUCCCCCUCCGCCUCGAGCUCGGCCCCCGCGACAUUGCUGCCAAGUCGGCCCUUGCCGUCCGCCGUUACGACAACCACAAGGAGUCGUACCCCCUCGAGGACAUUGUCAACGUUGUCAACAAGUCGCUCGAGGACAUCCAGGCCGCCAUGUACACCCGCGCCCUCGAGAACUUCAACAAGUCGGUCCGCAAGACCCUCGUGUGGGACGACGUUGUCCCCACCCUCGACUCCAAGUGCGCCAUUGUCAUUCCCUGGUGUGAGGACCCCCAGUGCGAGGACGACAUCAAGGACCGCUCCAAGUCGCAGGCCAACGCCGGCGAGGCCGAGGACUCCAAGGCCCCCUCGGCCGGUGCCAAGUCGCUCUGUAUCCCCUUCGACCAGGACCGCUUCGGCCCCUUCCCCGAGGGCGAGAAGCAGCAGUGCAUCCAGUGUGGCAAGAAGGCCAAGAGCUGGACCCUCUUCGGUCGCUCGUACUAA